AUGGCCAGUAAGUUUCCAGCACGAGAGGAUUUGGACGACCAGUUUCUGACGUGCGCGAUUUGCAUGCUGCACUACCGGGACCCCAAAAUCCUGCCAUGUCUGCACAGCUUUUGUAGGGAAUGUCUACAGCUUUGGGCCACAAAACAACAGCCGCUGGAGUGUCCAACCUGCCGCGAACCGGUCAGGCUACCAGACCAAGGUGUGGACGGACUCAGGACCAACUUUUACGUCAACAACCUGCUGGACUUCGCGGCGGCCAAGAAAGGGGCGGGGCCAGAUCAUGAAGUGGUCUCUGAAGAAACCUUCAUGGUAGAAAAAGACGCGGGUAAAUUCCAUCGCAAGCGACACUGUCCAAAACACAACAAUCAUGAACUGGUCUUCUACUGUGAGAGCUGCAAGGCGUUUGCUUGUACGGCGUGUACCGUGGUUGAUCAUCGGCCGGGCAAAGAUCACAAUCCCGUAGAAAUCACCACCGAGGCUCAAAAGAGGAAAGAAACACUACAAGGACUUCUGCAAAACAUAAACCCACGUCUGAAGGAAAUACAGGACGCUGUCAAGGAAGUUGACAGAAAGAUUUCAAAGUUAGUCCCCUCGAAAGAAGCAGCCACAGACCAAGCCAAGGCGUACUUCCACAAACUUGCCGACCUUCUUCAAAAGCGUGAAGAGGACAUUUUGAGCCAGAUUGACGAACAGUGCCGAGCCGACGGCAAGGCUCUACAGGCAAAGAAGGUUGCGAUAGAGUUUGAGUUGGCCGGACUGACGAGCGCACAAACGUUCUGUCAACAAGCUGUAGAACACGGAAGUGACGUGCACGUUCUGGAGGUAGGAAACCAAGUCCAAACAAGGGUGGAAACUCUUCUGACAAAAGAAGGGGACCUGGAGUCCAACUGGAGCGAGUUUCAGUUCGUCGAGAACACGACAGAAGUUGACAAUUUCGGUGGCGUAAGGACAAACGUCGACGUUUCGAAGUGCAAAGUUGCUGUAAAGAAGCCGGCAGUCCAGGGGUUUCAGUGCGUCGCUGAGCUGACGACGAUGAACAAAGAAGGCCACCCGUGUUUUAAUAACAGUAAAGCCGUCAUAACUGACAUGAAGGACCCGUCUGGAACAAACUUGGCGACACAAGUACAGAUGAAGAGCAGGGGCUUGUGGGAAAUCUCGUACACACCUGAGGUUACGGGUAACCACAAGUUAGAGGUCAAGGUCAACUCACAACAGGUGUCAGGAAGUCCGUUUGAUGUUGACGUGAAGGGGAACCCCGUUUUGACUAUCACAGGGGAGGGCAGUUGGGUGGGAGAACUGGACAGGCCGGUAGGUGUCGCUGUUGAUAAGGACGGUAACAUUGCAGUUGUGGAGCGAGGGAACAAGCGAGUUCGGAUCUUCGAUAAAGACAGAGGUCACACUUUUCGUAUCUUCCCAGUUGAAGUUGAGAAGGCGCACAGUAUUGAUGUGGACUCAGAGGGAAGGUUUCUUGUGACGUCGCGGGGUGAAAAUUUUGGCUUAAGACGCUACUCCAAGGAAGGCAAACUAUUAAACACGCUUAAGCCUGACUGUAUGCGCGGUCCACACGGCGUGACAGUUCUGAAGGACGACCGCAUGGUGGUGGCAGACAACAAGCUGAAGUCGUGUCUCCUCCUGCAGCCUGACGGGACCCUCAUCCGGGAGAUCGGCAAGGGGCAGCUACAGAACCCAGUGUUCGUGUCGGUAGACGAGUCCCGUGAUGUGAUGUUUGUCACAGACAAGGACGCACAUAAAGUAUUCGCGUUUGACCUGGGUGGAAACCUGAAGUUCGAUUUUGGCAAGGAAGGGGAGAAUGAUGGCGAAUUUAGGAUUCCAACUGGUGUAACAUCCGACCCGGCAGGUAACAUCAUCGUGGGUAACUCAGGAGACGGCCGUGUGCAGGUGUUCGCGCCUGACGGGACUUUCAAACAGAAACUGGGACCAGUCAAAGGGGAGUGUGCCAGUGGAGUCGCCCUGACUCCUGAUGGUUACAUAGCGGUGGCGUGUCGGAAUGGACAUUGUAAUUGUAUAGAACUGUACAGGUACAUGUGA